CCCUAGAUACGAAGCAUGAAGUACUCAAGAGCCAUCUAUUUAUCUCAAGUGUCAUGCAGUUUACCGAUCCGUUUCAGGACUACGCAUUCUCUCCUUCACGGCUUUCAUAUUCACUCUCUUCCUUCCAUCUAAUUCUCGGAUACCUCCUACGACGUCGCACGGCCUCUCUCUACAGAUACCCAUAGAUAUUAAUUCGAUUUCUCCAAUCGCGUUUUCAGUGUUUUUUUUUUUUGUGUUCCUUCCCUUUUGAGGAAAUCUACGGGGGACAAUUUAUGCAGCCUAGGGUUUCUAUGAUGCCGCCGCCGCCUACAACCUUCUCGGCGAAGCAAGAGUUCGACACGCCCACGAACAAUCUGUGGGUUGGCAAUCUCACCCCCGACGUGACUGAAGCCGAGCUCACCGCUCUGUUUGAAAGGUACGGCCAGGUUGACAGCAUAUCCUCUUACUCCGUCCGCAGCUAUGCCUUCGUCCACUUCAAAACCCUAAAAGAUGCCAUGGCCGCCAAGGAGGCGCUGCAGGGAACAUUGCUCCGCGGGAAUCCUCUUAAGAUUGAAUUCGCGAAACCGGCUAAGCCCUGCAAAAGCCUGUGGGUUGCUGGGGUAGGCCAGUCUGUUUCUAAAGAAGAGUUGGAGGAACUUUUUAAAAAAUUUGGAAAAGUUACAGAAUUCAAAUUCGCAAGGGACCGGAAUACAGCUUAUAUUGACUAUGCUCGAUUGGAAGAUGCAACCGAAGCACUUAAAAAUAUGAAUGGAAAGCAGAUAAAUGGAGACCAGAUUCGUGUGGAUUAUCUCAGGUCACACCCUGCAAGAAGGGAGCAAGGUCCUGACAUUCCGAAAGAGGGACAGUUUCCUUACAGAGGUGUUCCACAUACACAAGAUUAUAUGAAACCUUACUCUGGCCCAUUUCAUGCUGGGUCCAAAAGGCAACACUUUGAGCCACAAUUCCAGCCGCCUAUUGGGGGCAGAGAUUGUCAGCCAAGUAAGAUCUUGUGGAUAAGCUAUCCUCCCUCUGCUCAUAUUGAAGAUGACAUGCUUCACAAUGCAAUGAUUUUGUUUGGUGAGAUUGAGAGAAUAAAAACAUUUGAUGAUCGGAAUUAUGCGUUAGUUGAAUUUAGGAGUGUGGAAGAAGCAAUUCUUGCCAAGGAAGGGUUGCAGGGAAAGCUUUUUAAUGAUCCCAGAAUAUCCAUUGAGUACUCAAACAGUGGGUUUCCUCCGGCAAGGGAAUAUUUUGCACCCCAUCCAUCACAAGUGGGAGGCAUAUUGGAUCACAAUCACUCACUCCUUCCUAAUAAUAACAUUCAUGGGCUAUUGCCUCGUGGUAUUCACGGUUUCGAUAUGCUGAGGAGGCCUUUGGGCCUCCCUCCUCAAAUCAGGUUAGAUCAUAAUACUCCUGGCUUUGAAUAUCCUAACGUGGCAGCAAUACAUAAAUUGCAAGAAUCAAGUCCUCAUAAUCUGAUGGGUGGACCUGAGUGGGGACGUUCAUCACCUGUACCUGAAGCUUCUCCUACAGGUGUGCCGAAAUUACUGAACAGGCCAGCAGCAUCUAGUGGUUGGGAUGUGUAUGAUGCUUCUGCUUCCCAAGUGCACAGGGAAUCUAAAAGAUCAAGAGUUGACGAUGCCUUGCCUCAUUAUGAUGUUCCGUUUCCCCCUAAAAGAUUGGAUGAUCAAAUAUUAAAAAUUGAUGAACGAUACAAUAUGGGUUCAGUUGGUAACAUUAGGGGAAGGCAUCACCCAGCAGAUGAAAGGGUUACCCCAGGUCAUGAUUAUAUAUGGCGUGGCCUUAUUGCCAAGGGUGGGACACCAGUUUGCCGUGCUCGUUGUGUUCCUAUUGGUGAUGAGAUUGAGUGUCAGAUUCCUGAUGUAGUCAAUUGCUCAGCCCGGACCGGGUUGGACCUGCUAACUAAACACUAUGCUGAUGCUGUUGGAUUCAAAAUUGUCUUCUUCUUGCCGGACAGGGAAGAGGAUUUUAGUUCAUAUACAGAGUUCCUGAGGUACCUAGGAACCAAGAACCGUGCUGGGGUCGCAAAAUUCAAUGACAGUACUACUAUGUUCUUGGUACCUCCAUCUGAUUUUCUCACAAAUGUUCUGAAUAUUGCUGGGCCGGAACGUUUAUAUGGGGUAGUAUUGGAAUUUGAACAAGCGUCUGCCAUGCCUGUACAUGCACCGCCACUGCCAAUGGACACACUUCAGCCACCUCCAUUUGUAGAUCCUCCACAGAAGAUAACAUCUUACCAUCAGACUGCGUACAAUAUGAUGCCUCCUAAGGAUUCACAAAUGGACUAUAACAAUGUUGCCUUACGAGAAGACGUGAAACUCCCUCCAAAAAUAGCUACUAAUGAAUCUGUUCCAUUGCAUGCAGCUCCCCCAAGUAAUACCACAUCAAUACCUCCUCCUCAAAGCAGUGUUACUUUAACGCCUGAACUUAUUGCAACUCUCACUUCUUUAUUACCACUUAAUAAUUCCUCUGGUUCUGAGUACAACACAACAUCUCCUACUUUAGGUCCUGUGUUAAAUAAUGUGACCGUUGCACCUCCUCCAGAAAGACAGGAUACACAGGGGUGGGGAUAUGAUCAACUAGCUCACCAUAACCCCCAAACCUACCCUUUACCACCACCCCAAGUUCAUCAUACGCUCUUCAAUGGCCCCCCCAGCCAUUCUGCUCAUGGAGUGGUUGGGUUCAGUCAAAUUCACGAGCAGCGCCCUUAUGACCUUCAAGUGCGCCCAACUGCGUCAAGUAAUGCAUUUGCCUCAACGAUUAACCCAGUACAAAGUGGGAAUAUGGUGGGCCCGUCGCAUGUUGACCAGCACAAUCCACAUGGAUCGUCUCAGGGUCCACUUAUUCAGAACCCUGGGGUUUUUGGAUCAGAUUCAUCUACAAUGUAUGGUUCCACUGUGCUUCAGCAGUCCUCUGUGUUGCCCAAUCAGGCAAUGAAUCCCCAGCCUUAUGCCAUUACAACCCCCCAGGCUUUGGGACCUGGAGGGAAUGCUGCCCCCUCUCAACAACUUAACUGUGGGGCAGGACAGGAAAGUAUUGAGUCCGAGGAAAAUAAGAAUGAGAGGUACAGAACAACAUUACUAUUUGCUGCAAAUCUGCUAUCGCAGAUUCAUCAACAACAACCAAAUAGUCAAAAUGGUCAAGGAUCAUGAAUUCAUUCAAAUGGUGCUUGCAUUCGUUCAGGUUUGUUGGACUACCGAACGAGGACAGUUAUUUGGGUUUCCCUGAGUGGAUUCUCAUCGGCCCGGCCCAGACUUGUAGUGAUGCCACCACCACCAUAAAUUAUUUUGUGGUGCUUUUGUCCUUUCUUUUUCUUAGUGUAGUGCUUUGUUCAGACAGUGAUCAGAAUAAUUAUUUCGUAAUCAUUAGUUAAUGACUUUUUUAUUUCGUGUUUGAUAAAUAUGCACGACCAUUGACUUUGUGCUGGUUAGCAUUCACCAAGUGUUUCUAAGUGGCACAGCCUCCCGCCACACUGGAUUUUAGAUUUUUAGGUUUCAAUUCAGGCUGAUUGGAAGGGAUGUUCUCUAGUAUACUUCAACUUUAAAAUAGACGUCUUUUAAAACAUCUUCC